AUGGGGACGGACAAAGCCUUUUCGUUGAUUCAUGAUCUCCCAACCGAGUUAGUGGAUAGGAUAUACUCUCAGGCACUUCAUGAGACGACAUUACCAGGCGACGUGAUGAGUCUUAUCACCAAGUACAACCAACGCACGAAUCGUCUAACGAACUUGGCCAGUAUAUACCAUCGCAUCAGGAAAAUAACCUCCUUUAUUGCCCGAUCGACAUUCUCAGCUGUAGAAAAGCAGUAUGCCAACUUCAUCCGUCCCAGUCCAUAUACAGGACCAGUUUGUCAGGUGGCCCCAGAACAAUAUUUAUGCAGGGGUGCUCUAGCUCUUGCUAGCCUUCGGGCACUUCUGCCUUACAUGAGUGAAGAUUGUCAAAUGGAUCUUACACUCCUUAUUCAACACAACUUCGAGCCUCAGUUGACGCGCAAGACGACCAUCAACGACAAACGCGCCAUCCUCAAUGUCAAGAUGCUAGUUCUAGCUGGCUAUGAAGAUUGCUUAGAGUUGUUCAACGAUGAGGAGAGGCCUAAAGUUCUUGAGGUGCUGGGGCUCUACCAUCAAGAAAUAAAAAGUAGUCUUCUUCCAGGAGAGAAGCUACACAAAGUGGAUGACUACAGCAAGAUUAUCAAGCCGAGAUCUGAGGCUAAGCGACACGAGCUCGAAGAAAUGGUCACCGAGGUCCAGAACUGGAUUUUGUCUCCCGACGAUAAAGCCAAGAUCAUUAACAACGAUGCUUGGUACGAAGAGGUGGCUAUGAAAGUAGGGAACGUUUCUAAGAAGAUAAGCCAAGACCUCAACUCUGAUUCCAUAGCCGAGCUUGCCUAUUUUGUAACGCGUCUAGCUGCAAUCAUACAGCAUUGCUACAAGGAGGAGACGAGGCUUGGUGUACAGAAGCUUGGAAAAUACGACAGCGGUUCGGGUAUUAGACUUGCUUAG